GCCUCAACCCAGCCUCGUGUCACCGCCGCCCCAACCAUCCCCUCCUCCCAACUGCAGCGCCGUGCGGGAUGCACACCCGCCUUCCCUCACCCACCUCUCCCUUCCUCCACCCUCCUCCCUGCGUGCACCCUCAGGUCCCUCGUCACUGCCACAGCCUUAGGGUUGCCCUCCAGAAUCCUCGGGUCAUGUGAGAAGCCUUCCUCGCGCUGCGACGUCCGCUUGCCAGCAGGCUCGGCGCGCUUCUCGACGUCUCGCGUCGUCCGCCAGUCCCUCGGCUCGCAGGCGCUCCUGUUGUCAGACCAACGCCAGUGCUGCCUCGCAAGCUCGUUAGUCAGAUCGCGUCGGUUGCGUGUCGGAGCGCGCCGGCCGGCAAUGGCGAUGUCAUGUGAGGCGAGCCCGGCGGAGGGAGUGGGGGUUUCCUCCGCGCCCUCCGCCGUUCCUCCGCAACCCAUCGCCCCGCCGUCGGUUCUUCCGCCGUCGAUGGUUCCGCAGUACGAGCGCCUGUUUCACGCGUCGAGGGCGCUGGGGGGGGAUGAGGGGGCAGCCGCGGGCCUACAGGAGCCCGGAGGAACAGCGCGGGGUUUAGGCGAGCGCGAGGGGACAAUGAGGGGUUUAGACGCGGACGCGGCGAGGGGUCUAACCGCGCAGGAGGGGGCAGCGAGGGUUUUAGAAUCGCCUGAGGCGGCAGAGGGGGGUUUAGAGGCGUGUAAGGGUGCGGCGAGGGUUUUAGCGGGAGACGAGGGCGUCGAGCGUCUAGUGGAGAGCGAGGCCGCCUUGCCACGCGCUGAUGCCGAUCACGCCGCUACAGCCAACGAUCGCGCUACAGCCAACGAUCGCGCUACAGCCGAUGCGCGCGCGACAGUUGAUCAAAGCACUAUAAGCAAUAACGGCGCUACAACCGAAAACGAUGAUGCAGUCGGCAGCGAAGCAAGUGAUAGGCUUGGCGAUGCCGACGCGAGGGAUGCUGUGGCGAGGGACGAGGGUGGGAGGGACGCUACGGCCGACGGCGAGUCGGCAGUGACGCAUGCCACACCGGUCGAGCACGGAGGUGAUGCUACAGUAGCGAAGUUGACAGAAGCGAAGGUGACAGAAGCGAAUCCGACUAUUGACUUGAGGCGAGAAGAAAGCGAUACGGUGUCUGACGCGGACCAUGCAAGGGUUGACGUGGAGCAUUUGCGGGCUGACGUAAGCGACUCGAGGGCUGACGCAAGCGAUGCAUGGACGAGGGUUGGCAUGGACAUGAAAGGCACAAGGGCUGACGUGGAACAUACAGGAGCUGACGUGGGAAAGACAGGGGCUGACGUGGAACAGACAGCAGCUGACGUGGGAAAGACAGGGGCUGACGUGGAACGGUCAAGUGCGGACGUGGAAGCGGAGAGGGCCAAGGAGGAAGAGUCAGAAGGGCAGGAGAGGGGAGGCGGGGAAGUGGUGGGUGGAGAUGCGGAGGCGCGGGAUGGGGACGCGGGGAGAGCAGGUGGGGCGACAGCGGAUGGCGCGGGGGAGGGUGAGAGGGAGGUGGUGGGGACGGAGAAGAGCAGCAAGGGGAGGAGGAUGAAAGGCCGGCGAGAAAUGGGAGUCGAGCAGGGGAUGACGACAGGGACGGGCGAUAGGCAGAUCGAGGCAUUGGAAGGCGGGCAGCAUGAAAAUCUGGAGAGCGGGCAGAAUGAAAAUCUGGAGGACGGGCAGCAGACGAAGAAGAGAAGGAAGAAGAAGAGGGCGAAAGUCAAGGGCGCAGAGGGCGCAGCAGGCGACGGCACAGCAGAGGGUGAGCAGCAGGGCGGCCCCCAGUCAAAGGCGCACUCCCAGUCCAAAACCCGGUCCCAGCGUGAGCCCGAGUGCGAGCCGCAGGGGGAGAGCCGCGAGAUGCUGCGGCUGCUGCGGCUGCCGCGCUACUUCACCCCCGAGGAGGGCCAGCACCAGUGCUACCUCUGCGGCCUCGUGCUGGACGGCACGCUCUCGCACCACUGCGGGGGGGGGCAGCAGGGGGCGGGGGGAGUGGGUGGGGCGGACGAGGGGGAGGGGGGGGGCGUGCUGUGCUGCGUGUGCGGCAACUACGGGCACUCGGAGCGGCGGUGCCCGGAGAGGGUGAUGUGCUUGAGGUGCCGGCAGCCGGGGCACGUGAUGCGGCAGUGCCCCGAGCGGACGUGGUGGCGCAAGGGGGGGGAAGGUGGCGGGGGCAAGCAGGGCGCGGAUGGCGCUGCUUGUGCCGCUGCUGGCUCUGAUGCCGCCCCUGGUAGUGGUGGGUUGGCUGCCGCUGGCAGCAGUGGUGGCGUGGCGCAUGGCGAUGGGAAAGGAGGGGCCGAGGGCGCGCAGGAGGGGCGAGAAGGCAAGGCAGAGGGGGAGGCGGUGGGGAGGAGAGGGCGGAGAGGAGGCGGGGAGGUGGAGUGCAUGAGGUGCGGGGGCGAGGGCCACGUCUUUGGAGAGUGCUGGCAGCCGUACGACCCCGCUGACCUGGCGAGGGUGCAGUGCCACGUGUGCCUGCAGUGGGGCCACCUGGCGUGCGCUGACCUGGCAGACCCGCCGCCCAAGCCGUCGUGCUGCUGCUGUGGCGCCAGGGGCCACCACGGGGAGGUGAGGCGAGUGUGGGGCGGUAGAGGGGGCAGCGUGGGGAGGCACUCCUGCACUCCUUGCUCACACUCCUGCUCCACUCGCCGUGCUCCGUUCCCCACUUCAAUACACGUCAAUACACUUCAAUACACGUCAAUACACGUCAAUACACGUCAAUACACUUCAAUACACGUCAAUACACGUCAAUACACGUCAAUACACUUCAAUACACGUCAAUACACGUCAAUACACGUCAAUACUCUUCAAUACACUGUCACCCUCGUCGCCUCGCCCCUGCAUCCCACUGUGCUCACCUGCCCUGUGCGUGUCUCCUCCUCGCACCUCUCGCUCCUUCUGCCUCCUGUCUUUCUCCCGUUGCUUCUUCUCCUCGCACUUCAAAACCUCAACACAACCACUCUCUCACUACCCGCUUUCCCUUCCCUCCACUCCCUCCCCCCCAUCCCCUCCACCCCCCAUCCCCUCCACCCCCCAUCCCUCCCCCCCCAUCCCCUCCACCCCCCUCCCCCUCCUCCCUCUCCCCCCCCCCGCCCACUGCAGGCAUGCCCCUCUGCGCGCCACUUCCCCUCGUUCGUCCUCGCUAGAGACAGCCCUGCUAGCAGAUACAAGGUUGAUGGUCCGGGGGGCAGGUUCAAGGCGGCAGCAGCAGCAGCAGCGGAAGGCAGGCGGUGCUUCCGGUGCGGCGAGGCGGGGCAUCUGAUCAAGGACUGCCGCAAGACGUGGCGCACGGGCAGGGGCGCGCAGGGGGAGGCGGGGGAGGAGGGGAGGGCGGAUGGAGGGGGGAGUGGUGGGGAGGGUGAGGGGGGAGGGAAGGAUGUGGGUGGGAGGAGAGGGGGGGUUGAGGGUGGGGGUGGGGUGGGAGGCAAGGAGCGCUUUGCCGUGGUUGAGCUGAGCAGCGACGAUGCUGAUGAUGGCGGAGGGGGUGGCGGUGACGGUGGUGGGGAUGGGGAUGGGGAUGGGGAUGGGGAUGGGGAUGGGGAGGACACGCGGUUCGUUGAGGCGUAUGAUCCAAUGGGGCUCAACGGCAGUGGGGACAGCGAGGAGGACAGCAUCGAGGACAACAUCACCAUUGCGGCGCGCUUUGCCACAGGGAGAGGCAGCCAGUGGCAGAGGGGGCAGCACAAGCGGUUCUGGCACAGCGAUGACGGCGGGGGAGAUCAUAGCGGGCAUGAGGGGGGAGAGAGGAGGGAAGGCGAAGGGCGGUGGGAGCAAGAAGGAGAAGGGCGGGGGAAAGGGAGGAUGGCAGGGUGGCGGGCACUUGAGUGGGCACAAGAGGAAGCGCAGUGAGGCAAAGAAGGGCAGCAAGCCCAAGUGGCCGUGACGGGUCCAACACAGGCUGCCCUGCCCUGCUGCAAUGACUCGGCUCGGCAGUGAUGGCUCGUGGGUGGCAGCAGCACGUGCGGUAGUAGCGGGCACGUGGCAACGACACGGCCCAUGGUUGGCGGUGGGUGUAGGCAAGGCGACGACAUGGCCCAUGGUUGGCGGUGGGUGUAGGCAAGGCGACGACAUGGCCCAUGGUUGGCGGUGGGUGUUGGCAAGGCGACGACAUGGCCCAUGGUUGGCGGUGGGUGUUGGCAAGGCGACAAGGCGGGAGAGCAGGGUUGUGCUGCUGGCGGGUCAUUCUUUCUGCUUGCACAUCGGCCCGCAUUCCACUUCCACGAGCGCAGCUGAUGUGAUGACCUGGCAGCUGAUGUGAUGAUCUGGCAGCUGAUGUGAUGAUCUGGCAGCUGAUGUGGUGACCUGGCAGCUGCCGCCAAUGAGGCAUUGGAGAAGCAUGUGAGCUUGUUAGCAUUGUAUUUGUUAUAAAAUGGUUCCCUUAUGCAGCUCAAUGGACAAAUGCUUCUUUC